AUGAAGGCCCAAAUGCACUCGACCGUGUUCAAAAUCGUUUGCCUUUACUUGGCGAUACAGAUCGAGACAAGUUCAGCUGAACGAUGGAAUUGCCCUUUCGACUAUUUAUACCAUUGGGGUGAUGGGGUCACGGAUAUCGGCAACUCCAUUCACGUGCUCCCAAAGAUCACUAUUCCGGCUGGGCGAAAGCCGUACGGCAUGACUUAUCCCGGCUCUCCUACUGGCCGUUGGUCGGACGGCCUCGUCGAUUUUGACUUCAGUGCUGAGGAUUUUGGGCUGCCAAAUAUUCAACCCUAUCUGAACAUGAGUCAAUCGAAGGCGGCAAGCUAUGACGGGGUGAUAUUCUCUGUGGCAGGAAGCCCGGUUCUCCACCGCAAAUUCUUCGAAUUACGCGACAUUGUUAUUCCACCAUAUGCUGUUCCUCUUAACGAACAAAUGCAUUGGUUUAGAAAACAUCUCAAAUAUGUUUGUCAUUCACCAUCAGAAUGUACGGAAUGGAUGGGAAAAUCUCUGGUUUUGAUGGGCGACAUUGAAGGCAAUGACAUUGGCUACGCGUUGACUCAAGGAAAGACUAUUGCCGAAGUGAGGACUUACGUGCCGGCUAUAGUGAGGGCUCUUAUUAUUCGAGCCAGGGAGACUAUCAUAUUAGGCGCUAAGCGCGUGAUCAUUCCUGGAAACGGACCCCUUGGAUGCUUCCCGUACAUUUUGACCGCGCUAGAAACCGACAAUCCAGACGCGUAUGACGAGUAUGGAUGUUUGAAGACAGUGAACAAAUUCACAGUUUGGAAAAAUAAGCAACUCAAAAAGGCCAUGGUGAAGCUCAAAGAUGAAUAUCCGGACGUGCAUAUACUUUACGGCGACAUGUAUAACGGCCUCCGGCGAUAUAUUAUCAAUUCAUCAGUCAUAGGGCCCGAUCUAGUAAAUCGUGCAUUGAAAACAUGUUGUGGGAUCGGAGGGAAAUAUAACUUCGACCCGAAGAGGUUUUGCAGCCACAAGGGAGUACCCGUUUGCUCCAACCCGGACGAGUACGUAUUUUGGGACGGGAUGCAUUUCACACAAGAGGCUCAAAUGAGGGUCGAAAAGUCGUUGAUCGGGCCAGCUCUUGAGGCGCUCAAUUGCACGCAACAGGACACUACAGAUUCUUAUUACAUGGACAGCUGGGCUACUACUUAUGUACGGGCUUCGCACGAUCUGGCUAGCAUGUGA